CGCCUUCACCACAGGGCGGAGCUACAAUCGUGUUUUACAAAGCAAGCCUGACGUCUACAGACAAGCGCCAUCUGUUUACCUUCUCAUUCCUGCUUAAAUUACUUCGUCGGACGAUAGUGAAAUAUGGUGACGAAGCGGAUUAGGUCCGAAUACAUGAAGAAGUUUAAGGAUCCGAAAUGGGACACUUAUGCAAAAUGUUACGAGGACUUGCUGAAGUACAGACUGUCAAGACGUCUGUUGGAGCAAGCGCACAACCCCUGGUUCUGGGGAGAAUGGGGGAGCGAGACAGGCUCCAGCGGUAAAACUACUCCUCUAAGUAGGAAUAAGGUUGUGCCUGAGAAGCUCCAUGAUGAGAAACCAGAAAGAUCUGCAUGUGUGACACCAGAACCAGCAGCUGAACCAGAACCACAGGCAGAAGACACUGCAGACACCAAGCUUGUUACCAGAGUACCUGAGCAAAGUCAUCAAGAGGGGGAGGAAGAGAGAGCCAGAGAAAGCUCUCAUGCUCUCAACCCAGACACUGACACUCAUAUCCUGAACUCACCAAAGAGCAAGCGCCGCUCCUCACACAAUUAUACAAGAUCAAAAGUCAAGCCUCAUGCCACCAAAGACCCUGAAAAAGAGAACCGUCACCCUUUUGCCCUGUAUGGUGCAGGAGAGAGGCAGACAGAUAUGGCUUCCAGGAAAACCCAUAAUGUUGGUCCUGCUGCAUCAACUGCAGAGAUCCAUGAGUCAGCGUUGCGAGCAAAAACCAGGCGGGAGGUGGAAAAACAGAUGAAGAGAUUUGACAAACAAAGGGCCAGAUCUGCUGACUUCGAAAAGAACAGAAAUAAGAUUGUCCCUGAUUUUAACCCCUGGAUGACGGAGUACAUGCGCUGCUUCUCAGCUCGUUCUCGGUAGUACCGUUUUCUGAAAUCCUUUGGAAAUGUCAGUGACUCUAAACCUCUCAGGCUAAAAACACAAAACACAUGAUGACUGGCGCAUCUGUUCAGCUUACUUGCCGUCUUCCAGAAUGGGCCACAAUGAAUCAAACUCAAGGUUUUUUAGGGGUUUAUUAACAUCAUGGAUAGGUUGCAUUUACUGGUACAUAUCAAACAUGAAAGCACAAUCCAUUGAUGCUGUAGGGCAAAUCGUCAAAUAAUCACAUGCCUUGCUGCAUGGUUUUUGUAGGUCACAUAGAUUUAUAGGUCAUUUUAUCUUUACAUUUUAGCCAAUUCUUUAAAAGUUUUCAGUAACUCAGACAAUUAUAGACAUACAACGUGAUGUAUUGUAAUGUUGUGUAUUAUCUACAUUGUGUUAAUAGUUAGGUUUAAUGUAAAGAAAUGUUUUGUACUUGAAAUCAUUUCCGCCAGCAUGGAUCAAAUAAUCUCACGUUGGCAGUUGAUCUGUUCUAUUAAUAUCUGCUUUCUUUGAAAUGAGAUGUAUUAUAUUUUAUUUGUAUAUUCACACUAAUGGUGAACUCCACGGUAAUGUGUCAGAACAGUAAUAUCGUGACACAAUGUAAAAAGUCACUGUUAACUGAAGCAUGAAACUCAGCAAAAUGACAAAUCAUUUUCAUACACAGCAAAAGCAAUCGCAGCUGUUCAUCAUCGAGAAUAACUCUCAUUCAUUGUGAUGUUAUUUGGUUUUUAGUAGCACUCAGGUAUUUCUUGUUGUAUUUUAUGUAAUUUAUUGAGAAAUGAUGAUAUUGGGAUGCUUUUACACUAUUUAUAUAAUGGUAUUGAACUAAUUCAGACUAUUUUUAGUUCAGCAUCUCUGACAACUGUACAGGUAUCUUCGUAUUGAUUUAUGGCAUGUACUAUGUGAAUAGUGUUGGUUUUAGCGUAAGAAUAAUGAAGCCAUAAUGUAUAUGAGAUGCAUUAUUGAAUGAAUAUCCAUUCCGCCGUCUGUUAUGGAAAGAGUUUUGAAAAGUAUUCAAAGUUUAAGUGUUUAGAUUAACACCUUUUUUAAGGACAAGGUCUGAUAGUAUUUGUGUCAGUUAAAGAAAAAUAAAACUAUUUUUCAUAACUGUA